AUGUGUACAUACGACUGCUUCUACACAGGAUGGUUGAACUCAUUUGGAGCAUAUUACAGUUAUGAAGUUCCACAUAACCAUUUCGUGAGAGGAAUUGUCAGUUUACAUAAUAAUGUCCCAGAAGACAGAGUCUUUGAUUUUGAAGUAUGUUCCAUUAACUUUGAUUGUGACCACACUUCUCCGACAACUACCACAUCUACCACCACCACCACCACCCCCAGACCUACCACCGCCAGAACCACUUAUGACGUGUUUCUGCUUUCCAUGGUGCAUGGAGACCCCCAGAAGUCUGUGCCGAUCUUAGGAAGAAGGUCACGUGCAUAAAAUCUUCGCAAAAAUUCUAUACUUAGAAAAUAAAUUUACCAGAAAUUAUCUAAAACUAUUUUUAACAAAAUAUAAA